AUGGAAGGAGGACCUAUCGCACAAACAGAAAAUGGUCAACCAUACGUUUCUCCAUCGACAAACCCAGGCGCGCCUCCAACAUCUCCUGAUUCUAUAAUAUCUGCAGCUUGGCUGCCUCAAGCCGAAAAUGCAGCUGUAAACGGACCCGUCUCAGUAUUGGAAGCCACCUCAUGGUCAACCCAGGUCGUUACUGCGACAGACGUAUACAUAUUGGUUUCAACCUCGAUUCUCACCACUACUUCAACCUCUGUCGCCAUAUCAACUACUAUCCUCAACGAGAUAGCCACUUCUAUCACAACUGUAACUAAUUCAGAACAACCAACAAUAUCUUCAUCGACCGAAACGUCACUAGUGUCAAGCACCUCGGCAGCCUCAUCACAAAAUAGUUCUUCCCCAGAAAGUACACUCAGUAGCUCAGCUGAAGUAACAUCAUCGUCCUCCACUAAUCUGGCUGGGGGGAGCUCAACAUUCAUAACAAGCACCCGUCCUCCUGUAUUUCUUUCCAUUCCUACUAGCUCGAAUUCCAUGAUGCCCGAUCAUACUUCGCUAUCGAUGACUACUGGCAACAAUUCGCAUGAUCACCUUGCUAAGUUAAUGGGGGGUAUGGUAGCCGGUAUAUUCGGGAUCGCAGCGAUACUAGCACUUGGUCUACUAUUUUUCAGAAGAAGGGCGCAACGUCUUUCUGAAAGCCAGGCUAACGUUGGUAGUAAAAAAACAGGAGCAGCCUCUUAUGAAACCUCCCAUUGUUCCUUACUCCAACACCUACGGGAGCGAGUUAUAGAACCAAAAGCUUAUCGAAUGAGACAUUACCCAGGAACAAUCCUUCACUGA